CUGUCGCUAACAGCUGGUUGCGAAAAGUCGAAACUUCUGCUUUCACUAUUCACAUUAAUACAAAAUUAUUGACAGCGAUGAUUAACAUUUCUUGAUUUCAUUAAACUAUAAUAUUAAAUUAGUUUUUAACGGUUGCCGAAAAAUUAUCUUGCUGCAGGUGUGAGUGAUUGUAAAAUUAUCACUAAUGAUUCAUAAAGUAAUACAAAGAAAAGCUGAGAUUUUCCCUAUCGUUGCAAAUUGGUUCAAUUCACAAAGACAAGUCAGUACCAAAUUAUUAACUCAAUUGACGCCAGGAGCAAUUAUCAAUAAUCAAGCGAAAGUAUCAUGUAUAAAACGACUGAAAUGUAUAAACCAAAAUGACAAAACGGAAGAGAGUUCAAAUAAAGCAGCGGUUCUGGUACCUUUGUGUAUACAUAAUGGAAAAUUGGGUUUAUUAUAUACAUUGCGAUCGCAUAAAGUGAGUAUGAAUCGUGGACAGGUGUCAUUUCCAGGUGGCAUGAAAGAUUCGAAUGAUGCAAGUUUGGAAGACACAGCUUUGAGGGAAACUUGGGAAGAGUUACAAAUAUCUAAGGAUAUUAUUGAUGUUUGGGGUACAGCAAACUUAAUUAAAAGGAAACAUGUAACUGUUUUACCCGUAUUAGGUUACAUUGGUGAAAUUGAUCCUAAAAGUCUUCAAAUUAAUAAAAAUGAAGUAGAGGAAGCAUUUGUUCAGCCAUUAGAAAAAUUAUGCGACCCCAAAUUAUGUCGAUAUACCUCUUUUAAAAACAGUUAUGUCUUACCACUAUAUCUAGGAGCAAAUUAUAAAAUCUGGGGAUUAACCGCAGUAAUUACACACAUAGUUAUGAAUGCGCUUGUACCAGAUGUGUAUAAGAAUAAACUUCCACUUAUGCAAUUUGUAGAUGAUACUAAAGCAAGUUCCACCACUACUAUCAAGAUAUCUUGA